AUGAUCAUUCAAGGGUGAUUCUGUCUUUGACAGAAAAUGAACCAGAUUCACACUAUAUCAAUGGAAACUAUGUUGAUAGCUUCAAGAAAGUAAAUGCUUACAUUGCAACUCAAGGACCCAUGGCUAACACAAUCAAAGAUUUUUGGAGGAUGGUCUGGGAACAAAACUGUACAGUUGUGGUCAUGAUCACGAAUAUCAUAGAAAAAGGAAGGCAUAAAUGUGCAAUGUACUGGCCCUCUAAACAAGCUAAGAGUGAAGCUCAUGGUCCCCUAAGAGUAACCUACUUAGACGAGGAGGCUUUUGCUCAUUACACUUUGCGUCGAUUUGAAGUAAAACCAGUUGAACACAGCACACACUAUAGUCAGGAUGCAACAGAAGACGAAGUCAAACCAAUGAUUGUGUGUCAGUACCAUUUCACUGGUUGGCCAGACCAUGGUGCUCCAGAUCAUGGCUGUGAGUACCCAGCUCUGGACUUUAUAUUCAAGUCAAGUGCUGCUAGUCAAGAAGGGGCAGGUCCCAUCAUUGUUCACUGCAGUGCGGGUGUUGGUCGAAGUGGGGCAUAUAUUGUUAUCCACAGCAUGAUGAAAAGAAUGAUAGAGAUGAGGGAUGUUAACAUCUUUGACUUUGUUGCUCAGAUACGUCAACAGAGAAAUCAUCUUGUACAAGAGGAGUGUCAAUACAUUUUUGUACAUGAUGCCUUGCUACAUUUCAUUGAAAGUGGGUUUCAGCUGUCAAUCCCCAUAGAUGAACUGAAAGAUCAUGUACAGAAGUUGAGGAAGAACUGCUCGAGUACAAGCGGACUUGAAGUGGAAUUUGAGGACUUGAGUGCAAUUCAAGUGAGAUACUACAAUUUGAAGCAAGCUAAGCGUGGGUGCAAUUUAGCAAAGAAUAGAUCAAUAGAUUAUAUUCCAGCUGACAGUUCCAGAGUUGAGUUGUAUCCUCGCCCGAGAGAGGAGGGUUCAGAUUACAUCAAUGCAACUUACCUUGCGGGUUUCUGGAAGUCCGAAGCUUACAUAGCAACUCAGUAUCCUCUGGCGGAGACUACGGACGACUUUUGGAGGAUGGUUUGGCAGGAAAACUGUCGCUCACUUAUCAUGCUGCUCAGCAAAGCAGAGAUGGAAGAGGGUUUUUACCAUAGGUAUCUACCGCCUUUAAAUGAAACAACCAGGUUCGGUGACUAUGAGGUGACCGCUGACUCCGAGGCUACACGUGGUGACAUUUUGAUCACAGAACUAAGAAUGGUCUCCAUCAAGGACCCUAGUGAGUACAGAAAUAUCCAACAUUUUCACUUUCUUCACUGGCCUGAAGAUGGCAAUCCAUGGUCUGGUCAGACUAUUCUUCAACUGAUCUGUAAAGUGGACAGCUGGGAGAGGGAAGUGCGACUUAAUGCCAAACCAUUUGAAGUGAUCGGACCAGUUGUGGUGCACUGCAACUAUGGAGUAGGACGGACAGGUGCUUACUGUCUACUGCAUACAAUGUACCAUCAGAUUGAACGCGAGAAGAGUGUCUCCAUCUAUCAAAUAGCUCGCCUAUACAAUCAUCAGAGACCUCGCUGUGUAUCAACUCUGGGGCAGUACGAGUUCUGUUAUGAUACACUGGUGGAGUAUAUUGAAGCUGACUGUUCCUUACAUCUUGUGUGACUUCAACUUUUGGGUUAAAGUCGUGUAAAGAAAAAGAAGUAAAUGGCUGAGGUGGAAAAUAAUGGAUCAUGUCGAUUUUGAUUUUGGAAAAUCGGGAUCUUUAGUAUUUUAGUUUAGUAAGGUUGCUGGAAAAAAAAACCAGAGCUACCACUAAUGAAGUAGAAAGAAACGAGGAUUGGCGAGUAUGGAGAAGAUUAUAAAGGACUGAACUGACAAAGUUAAUGAGGUUAACAAAGCGAAAGUGCGCAUCUGUUUCCAGCUUGUAACGUCGUUUCCUAAUGUAAGUGUGCCAGAUGUCAUGCCCCGAGAGCUGUUAGUUGUAGGAUUUCGUUUAAACUUCUCGACAGUGGUAACGGAUUACCAAGCCUUCAGCUAGAGUAGAUAUUUUCCAAGAAAAAGUUAAUUACAAGUGUGCUAGCCUGAAAAAGAACAUUGAAAUUUUUAUUGUUUUAAAUUGUAAAUGUGAUAAUUCAUAGAAAAUUAGCUAUGCAAUAAAUAGAAAAUGGGUAUAUACUGUGAAUUGUAUAAAAGUAGUCUCGAUCAUCGUUUAUUCAAUUUGUUUUUGUUAAUUAUAUUGUAAAGUUCUUUGCCGCUAAGUUUGAAAAUCAAAUGAAUUGCAGAUUAGGUAUAGUUUAAACAGUUUACUGUAUUAUUUCCAAGGUGAAUUUUCCACGUUCCGUUAAAUUCACGUCGGAUCUUACGCUAUUUUUUUAAAUACUUUUUUUUUAGUUUUUCUUAUCCAGUUACUGUACAGUGGAUUUUGUUGUAAAAAAGAAAAAAGAUUAUGUCAUUUGAACAUUCUGAUCGAUUACGAAACUUGAACAUAUAUUUAGAAUAGUUUAUUACCCAGAUGAUAUAGAAAUAAAUAAGCAAGCAUUUCAAAAUACAA